CUGCCACACAAUGCAUAAUAUCAAAAAGAGUUUUGUUUAUGUGAUCAAAGGAUCUGGUAUUAUAUUUAGUUAACGGAUUGACAUGCAUUCCGACAUAUAAUCAAUAUUGCUUCUGAAGGUGUGAGAUUAUGAUUGUAGUAAAGGGAAAAUAAGCAUUCGGUUAGAUAUGCUUGGCAGAUUAUGCAUUCCUGAAGCAAAAGGAAGAAAUUUAUUUGUUAGUCAGUAGCUCGAUUUACAAAACCAACACUUGUUCUUGAGCAGCAAGAAAGAAAUUGAUUUGUGAUGUGUGUUCGUGAAUCCCAUAACUGUGAGUGCUCGCCUUCUUGGCACUUCUAUUUUGUUGAUGUAGUCCUCUGACUGUGAGAUGCUAUGAAGUUCUUAUCAUUGGGCAUACAUAUGUUGUCUGGUGGGGUUCCAUACCUCCCAGCUCUGGAACUUUUUUUUCGAAGCAAGGUUUUGAGUCAUUGCUUAUAUGUGAUGCCUAUUUGCUCCCUAAUGAGACUACUCUUUCAGUUGCUUUACAUUUUGUGUGCACGAAUCACAUUACAUUUAGUUCUGACAGCUUGAGCUGAAGUUGAUUUUUAUUGAGAUAACUGAACCAGAGAUGCAUUAAGUUGGUCAUUCUGAUAUCCUUGAGGACAAAGGCAAUCUAAAGAUUUGCACUGUGCUGCUCUCGUUUGUUUGGUUCUUUCUUUACUAAUGUGGUAGCUCCAUUGCCAGUAGAAAGAUUAACACUUGGAAAAGAGAUGUAGUUAAUCAAGUGGAUCAGGAUAUAAUUUUUACUAUGAUGUGGUAGUUUUAUAAGUGCUGCUGUUGAGGGAAUGAGACAGUUCAUGAAUCUGCUAGCGCUUGUUCCUACUAGUUAAUGGUAUUGGAUGUUUGAGCAGCUUUCCUUUGCUUUUGUCCAAUUGCCUUUUGUUAACUGAAGUUUGAUGUUACAGUUGCAGGCUUGUUCCAGCUGGGCACUUCCCUUUUUGUUUUUGGUUGUUUAUUGUAUCUAUUUGGUAGAUCUAAAACAUCAUUCUUGUACAGUGUUUCUAAGAGUGAGCCUACUGUUGGAUAUACACACACACACAUUAAGGACAGCUUCUUGUAAUGGGUAACAUGACGGUAAUGGUGAAAGCAAAAAAGUUGAUUUUGCAUUGCUACUUUUGUAUCAACUUGUUUGAAUGUUACUUGUAUCAACUGGGGGCUCCAAAAAUUUCGUAAUUAGGAACCGACUUAAAAAAAAGAUUCAGUUGUACUGUAUUGCUCCUCUUUUCUUUUCAAUCUUGACUGGACUUGGAAGUCUUGCCCGUAUUUAGUGGGAAACAGAAGACAACAACUCAAUGACUUUUUUGUCGUCAAUCAAGAUCACGGUUCAUGACUCUGCAGUCUUACCUCUACUUAAGUAGGGUGUCAAAUGGGCGGGUUAACUGAAGUUGAUCCAAUUAAAAUGGGUUGAGAUAAUAAAUGGAUUGGGCUAACAUUGGCCUCAAAGUUACUUGGGCUGAAAUGCAUUGGGUUGAAAUGGGCUGAGUCAUGACCUGUUCAACUUGUUUUGUAUCAACUUGUUUGAAUGUUACUUGUAUCAACUGGGGGCUCCCAAAAUUUCGUAAUUAGGAACUGACCUAGAAAAAAGAUGCAGUUGUACUGUAUUGCUCCUCUUUUCUUUUCAAUCUUGACUGGACUUGGAAGUCUUGCCCGUAUUUAGUGGGAAACAGAAGACAACAACUCAAUGACUUUUUUGUCGUCAAUCAAGAUCACGGUUCAUGACUCCGCAAUCUUAAGUAUAUAUACUAAUAAGUCACUUUCUUUCAGUCAAGCAAGAGCUGAUGGUUUGGAUUUCAGAAAACGUGCACGGAUAUUUUGACUUAAGAGGGUAUAGCAAGUCUAACUGACAAAAAAUAAUACGUGGCUUGUUUGUCCCACCUUUUAGUACUAUAUAUAUACACAGCUAUAUCAUAGUUGUGAAUAAAGUGAGCAUUCGAGCCACUAAUAAAUUUUGAAAAUAAGAAUAUGGACUUGCUAUAACUUGAUUUAGAAAAAGCUAGAAUGGAUAGUAGGCUAUUUGAUGCUUCAAGAACAGGAAAUGUUGCGGAGCUGAUGGAGAUAUUAAGAUCUGAUCCUAUUAUCGUUCGUCGCGUUGGUUUGGCUGAUGGUGAUUCCCCGUUGCACCUCGCAUGUUUGGGUGGCCACUUCAACUUUGUGAAAGAACUCCUCAAGUUGAGGAAAGAAUUUGCAGGAGAGCUAAAUCAAAACGGUUUUAGUUGCUUGCACAUUGCUGCUGCCAACGGGGAUCUGCUCAUCGUGAAGGAGAUUUUAAAAGUGGACAUUGGGUUGUGCCUUGUUAAAGGAAGGGAGAGAAGGAUUCCUCUUCACUAUGCAAUUAUCAAAGGCAGAGUUGAUGUCAUCAAAGAAUUGCUCUCUGCUAGUGUUGAAUCCAUUGAAGUUGUGACAUCACGGGGAGAAACCGCGCUUCACCUUGCUGUUAAGAAUGGUCAGUUUGAAGCACUUGAAGUGUUGAUCAAGCACAUCAACACGUUCAGUAAAACAGAGAUUUUUAACAAGCAGGAUGAGUUGGGAAAUAGUGUCUUGCACCUUGCAGCCGCAAGGAAACAGCACGAGGUGGUUGAUCUUUUGCUGAAUGGGAGCUUAGCAGCUAGUCGGGCAAUUGGAGUGAAUUCUUUGAACAAGAUGGGUUUCACACCCCUCGAUGUAUUUUCUCUUUCUCAAAGUGAAGCUGGCGAUAGGGAAAUUGAGGACAUUCUUCGACGAGCUGGAGGCCUUAGGGCUGUAGAUUUUGGAGGAAUGCCAGCAGCACCAAUCAUAUAUCCUCAAAUUUGUGCAUCAAACAGCCAGCAUGGAGUGCAGCAACAGCCCAAUUACCAGAUUGAAGCUGAUCCCAACAAGAAUACUAAUGAUAAUGUUAAUGUUGAUCUCUUGAUUCGAUAUUCGUCACACAUAUUCUUGUUUUUCAACUCGCUUGGGUUCUUUAUCAGCCUUCAUGUGUUUCACAUCGUUACAAGGGCAUUUCCCUUGAGAUUUGAGUUGCUAUUCUCUGUUUUUGCACUUGUGAAUACCUACAUCAGUUGCCUACUGAUCAAGCUGCCAAUAUACUUCUGCUAUUAUCAUUGUGUGGGCAUACCAUUCUUCCUUGUCUUUGCUCUCAGCCUGUCACGCUUGGGAUAUUUGCACCCAAGGAAAUUUACAGCAGCUACCCAUCCUUCAAUGGUUAACCAAGCUUGAAGGAUUAUUGAAAUGUAUUCUUAGAACUCAUUUAUUUCUCUGUAAAUUCUUUCUGGAGAGUUUUAGGAAUCACAAUGUAUCCCAGUAUGUACAAGUAUAACUGCAGAUGCGAAUCUAAGAAAUAUUUAUAGUGAAAAUAGUAGGUGUACGUAGAACCCACAUCCAACACUCUAGACUCGCCUCAGUGUAUAAUUAUGGUUGUUUCCACAACAUGCCAAAUUACAUAGACAUAUAAAAGCAUGGUGCAUAAGAGCUCGUAG